AAGCCCCAGGGUACGAGGUGACCACUCCACACAUGAAGCAAAAUGGAAAAAUUGAUGAUGGACCUGACCCUGUUAGCCCUCCAAGAACCACUCUGCUGGGGACCAUUUUCUCUCCUGUAUUCAACUUCUUCUCACCAGCAAAUAAAAAUGGCACGUUAGGGUCAGACUCCCCAGGACAAGCUGUGGAAGCCGAGGAGAUAGUAAAGCAGCUGGAGAUGGACCAGGUCGAUGAAAUAAGCACCAGCACUACCACUUCCACCAAUGGAGCCUCCUACCCCAGCCAGGGGGCACCUGUCCGAACAACUGCCAGCAGCUGGCUAGAGGGAGCAGAGGAUCCUCCAGAACGUGACAUCCCACCUCUCACAGCUCCCAUUUCACCUGACAGUGGCUACUCUUCUGCACAUGCUGAAGCUGCAUAUGAGGAGGACUGGGAGGUCUUUGAUCCAUACUACUUCAUCAAGCAUGUUCCUCCUCUGACCGAGGAGCAAUUAAACCGGAAACCAGCUCUCCCUCUGAAAACCAGGAGCACACCGGAGUUCUCCCUUGUUCUUGAUUUGGAUGAGACAUUGGUGCACUGCAGUCUCAAUGAACUGGAAGAUGCUGCACUAACGUUCCCUGUGCUGUUCCAGGAUGUUAUUUACCAGGUCUAUGUCCGGUUAAGACCAUUCUUUCGUGAGUUCUUAGAACGUAUGUCUCAAAUCUAUGAGGUAUGUUGAUGUGCACACUUCACUUUACUUUUACA